UCGUGAUUGGCUACAGCAUUCUGCGUGUUCUCUGAUGUUUACAUUGAGCUGCCACAACCACAGGCUCGUCCCGAGCGUCCAUCGAAGGCCAACGCAGCAAAAGAAACUCACACACGGACCCGGUUACAGUCAGCGGGCAGAGGACAUGCUUUCUUCCCGAAGAUGGGCCUCUCGGUGGACAGUGCGGACUCCAGUGGUGGUGGGAUAGAGCAGCAAGGAGAGGACGAAGGAGAUGACAGGCCGACUGAGACCUCCAUCCCUCCUCCACCCAGCAGCAAGAAGAAGAGGAAAAACAAGAGGAGAUUGUGGAUCAACCUCACCAACUGUAAAUAUGAAAGCGUGCGUCGAGCUGCACGAAGACUCGGCCUGAGAGAAGCAAAAGAAGACGAAGACUGGACGCUGUUUUGGACCGACUGCUCCGUGUCUCUGGACCGUGUCAAGGACAUGAAGCGUUACCAGAAAAUCAACCACUUUCCAGGAAUGAAUGAGAUUUGCCGGAAAGACUCGCUGGCGAGAAACCUGAACCGCAUGCUGAAGCUGUUUCCUAAAGACUACAACAUCUUCCCAAAAACCUGGUGCCUUCCCGCAGAUUACAGUGACUUCCAAGUUUACACCCGAGCCAAAAAAAGUAAGACGUACAUCUGCAAGCCAGACACAGGCUGCCAGGGCAAAGGCAUCUUCAUCACCAAGUCCAGCAAAGACAUCCAACACGAAGAGCACAUGAUCUGCCAGGUGUACAUCUCCAAGCCUUUCAUUAUUGAUGGAUACAAGUUUGACCUGAGGAUCUACGUGCUGGUGACCUCAUGUGACCCAUUUAGCAUCUUCAUGUUCCGGGAGGGGUUGGCCCGCUUCUGCACCUCCAAGUACAACGAGCCCACGCGCAGCAAUGUGGAACACGUAUGCAUGCAUCUCACCAACUACUCCAUCAACAAGAACAGUGAGAACUUUGUCCGCCAUGAAGACACAGGAAGUAAACGAAAACUCUCCACCCUUAAUAGACACCUGGAGUCCUUAAACUGCAACACAGAGAAGAUGUGGGAAGACAUUGAGGACAUCAUCAUAAAGACUCUGAUCUCUGCUCAUCCCAUCCUGAAGCAUAACUACCACACGUGCUUUCCCAACCACACCGCCGGCAGCGCCUGCUUCGAGAUCCUGGGCUUUGAUGUGCUGCUGGAUCACCGGCUCAAACCCUGGGUCCUGGAGGUAAACCACUCGCCCAGCUUUACCACUGACUCUCAGCUGGACCGUGAGGUGAAGGACGCAUUGCUGUACGACACGCUGGUUCUGAUCAACCUGGCCGCCUGUGACCGACACAAGAUCACCAAGGAGGAGCGGCGGAGGGCAAAGGACAGGCUGCAGCAAACUUGUUCUAAAGAAGCCAGGGCUCAGGAGCUGCGUCAGAGCCAGGCAGUGACAGUGGAGCAGAUGGAGGAGUACGAGGCCAAACACCUUGGAGGAUUCAAAAAGAUCUAUCCCAGAAAAGAAGGAGAAAAGUACGACAAAUACUUCAAGCACAGCCGCUCGCUAUUCCAGGAGACCACAGCGUCUAAAGCAAGAGAGGAGUGUGCAAGGCAGCAGCUCCAGGACCUCCAAGUCAAGCAGGAGCAGAAGGAGCGCUACCAGAAGGGGGGGCCCCGGAAGGAUCUGCAGGGAGAGACGGCGGGGGAGAGAGCCAAACCGCGGCGAGCGGCGGCUCAGCCAGCCGGGGACCAGCAGACGCUUGGGCCUUCUCCUCCUCCUCAGGCUGAAGCACAGAGCCUGUCAGUGGAUCCACAGGCUGCUGAAGUCCCUCAGGAGGAGGCGGAGGAAACACCAGAGGAGGACGACAGGGAGGAGCGGGAGCGCGUUCAGGCUCUGAUCCAGAGGAAGAAAAUGCUGGAGGACCUGGAGGUGGUGGACCUGAUUCAGAAGCUGCUGCAGAGCCAGAAGAAGGGAGGAGGAGGAGGAGGAGUCCCGGAGGGCUCUGAGGAGGCCUGCAGCCAGCAGAGGGAUCAGAGACGGGAGCAGGCGAAGCUGGACUCUUUGACGUUGGGUCCUCAAAGACCUCAACAGCUUCAGCCGUGUCCUCAGAUCUUACUAAAGCAGCUCCCCUCUAUCUUGCCUCAGCAGUGUUUGCUCCGGCCGACGAUCAGCCGGAAGAACCUCAGUGACUCCCUCAUGCGUUUGAACCCCGAGAGCUUGAGGAGACCCAGAGAGAAAUGCAGCAGCAUUGGACCUCUGCAGAAACCCAGCUGGCCAGUGAGCACUUCUUUGGUUGUCAAGCAGGACAGAAGGAACAGUUCCUGUGCAGACGUGGGGUCCCGUCACAGCCACCCCUCCAUGAGCAAAGUCUCGAAGCAAGGCGUCUGUUGUCCGUACAAUGCUGCAGCCUUGGAGAGCCUCGUUAUCAUCUCUACACCUGCUCCGGUGGUCAGCAGACCGGCGUUUUCUCACGCCGUUCGCAACGCCAGCCGCAGAGCUCUCCAGCAAAGCAAAGGGCUGUGAGGAAAAAGCACUGCAGUUACAUCACAGGAUGUGUGCUCAGAUAACACUGUGCCAAAAUAAAAGCAAAACUUCUUCAAAGGAAAAAAAACUUCUGGAAAAUAAGAUUUAUGGUUUUGGUAUAAAGUUAGAUUUUUAUUAA